UCAGUUCUUCACCAAGGGCCCAGAUACUUAAUACUGUGCACGUGGGCGUAUUCUGAGUCGCGAAACCGACACAUCUUCGACAGGCUUCCACCACGUGGAUUUCCUGACAUUACCGACUUUCGCUUACUCCGCACGGCAGGAAUCGCCGUCCAAAUAUAUCGGGGACCCUCUGCGCAGCGUUUCGCCCGUCCCCUGCUCUCUCGGAGCCUCCGAUUUUUUGCUUCCAAGGAAUUUGUAUCUUCUGCUGCAGAAAUUCUAGAAAUCGGACUUUAUAAAGCGGGAAAAGAGAAAAACACGAAUUAAAUGUUGCAGCGGUUCGUUGACAACGUCCUCGCCGUCACAAAAGAGUCAGUAAAGACAUUCACUUAUGAAUCUCUGAACAAUAUUGUGAGGCUGAUCAAUGGAGUGUCAGCACUUUUGUUGACCAUUUUACCAGGGAAGGCUACUAUCCUUGAAGGUAUCCAUGGCUGGGAGCUUAAGCCAAGCUUUCGUGGACCUCGAUUUCCACGCUGGAUGGAAAAUGGUGUGUCCUCUUUCAACCAGUUCAUUCAUGAGCUUUCUAUGGAUUCUGAUACAUCAAGUGUAGAUUACUCCUCUGCUGAAGAAGAUAGUGACCUAAACAUAUAUCCUGCAUCACCAUCAUCUCAGAGUUCACGAAUCUCUGGGGCCAGUACUUUCACCAAGUAUGAUAGGCAGUGUACAGGAUGGAUCAGGUGCAUAUUCUUUUGGAUUCUGUUUCCUGCAAAAUUGCUUCUGGGAAUCCCAGUUCGUCUUUGUCAUUUUGUUUAUAAUAGGGGAUCAAAAUCCCCUGCUAUCUCUGGAAGUCAACAGCAUUUACAUCCAAUUAAGAGAGUGCAAACACUCAAGGACCAUCUGCUUCACCGUACCACGGACAGGAGACGUGGAGUCAUAGAGGAUCUUCAUCUAGCAAUCGAGAUCUUCAUAGAAGCUAUUUUCGAUGUUGUUCAUAAGUUAGCUCAUUUUAUUCUCUCCCCAUCAGACGCAUUUAGAAAACUUUUGAGAUGGAUAUCAUCUUACAAUGGGGGUACUGGAGAAAAUCAUGGUAGUGUUUUGGAAGCCACUGUCACUACAGCUACACUUGGGGAAGAUGAUCCAGCUCCUACAGAAAGGAAUACUACUUUUCAUCAGUCUCUAAAUACAGAUGCUCGGACAUGUCAGGAUGUCAUAACAGAGCUUGGGUACCCAUAUGAAGCUAUCCACGUGACCACUGCUGAUGGAUAUGUUCUUCUUUUGGAAAGAAUCCCUAGACGUGAUGCACGGAAAGCAGUUUAUCUUCAGCAUGGAAUUUUGGAUUCAUCUAUGGGUUGGGUGUGCAAUGGGGUUGUUGGUUCUCCCGCUUUUGCAGCCUUUGAUAAAGGGUAUGAUGUUUUUCUUGGGAAUUUGCGAGGUCUGGUUUCUAGGGAACAUGCUGACAAGAACAUUUCCUCACGACAGUACUGGCGAUACUCCAUCAAUGAGCAUGGGACUGAGGAUAUUCCUGCAAUAAUAGAGAAAAUUCAUGAAGUGAAAACCUCGGAAUUGAAGCUUAGCCAUCCUGAUCUCGAGCAGGAAACUGAUGAUCAGCUUUACAAACUUUGUGCAGUCUGCCAUAGCUUAGGAGGAGCUGCUAUGUUGAUGUAUGCUAUAACACGCCGAGUGGAAGAAAAGCCCCACAGGCUAUCUAGAUUGGUUUUAUUAUCACCCGCCGGAUUCCAUGAUGAUUCUACUUUUGUCUUCACGGUGGUGGAGCAUCUUUUCCUUAUGUUGGCUCCUUUUUUGGCACCACUUGUGCCUGCCUUCUACAUACCAACCAGAUUCUUCCGUAUGCUACUCAACAAGUUGGCUAGGGAUUUCCAUAACUAUCCUGCAGUUGGAGGGCUAGUUCAAACUCUGAUGAGCUAUGGCGUUGGUGGAGACAGCUCAAAUUGGGUUGGCGUGUUAGGGCUACCUCACUACAACAUGAAUGAUAUGCCAGGAGUUUCAUUUCAAGUGGCUAUCCACCUUGCACAGAUGAAGCGUAGCGGGAAGUUUAAAAUGUACGAUUAUGGGAGUGCAUCCGCUAACAUGGAGGCCUACGGAUCUCCUGAGCCAUUGGACUUGGGUGAAUUCUAUUGGCUCAUUGAUAUUCCCGUUGAUCUGGUUGCCGGACACAAGGACAAGGUAAUCCGGCCUUCGAUGGUAAGAAAGCACUAUAAAUUAAUGAAGAAUUCUGGUGUGGAUGUAUCAUAUAAUGAGUUUGAGUAUGCCCACUUGGACUUCACCUUCUCCCACCAUGAGGAACUCUUGGCAUAUGUCAUGUCCCGCUUGCUGCUUGUGGAGCCUGCUAAGAAACAGCCAUCUACUCGGAGGGCUGAGAGGUUGAAGAAAAAAGGACAGGUUAAUAGCUAAAAACCCAUGCAUUAUUUUUUUAUUUUUUAUUUUUCGUUUAAAAAAAGAAAAAAAAAGCAUUUCAGGUUUAGGCAUGUUAUAUCUGUGGUAGAUGGUUGAUUAGAUUUAUACCUUUAGUGGGUACAGUUUUAUACUUUGAAUUCAAAAGUUGUAUUACAUCGUGUACACUGAAAGCACGAUAACUGUUGUACGUGCCUUACUCAUCUUUCCCAUCAAUUUUAUCGAGGGAAAUGAUUUUCUUGAAAGGUUAUGCUUGGAUUGGGUUUGUACUCAAAACAAAAGUUGUCCAUCAUACAAUGUUUAAACUUUCUCGAUUAUUACAUCUUUUUAUUGCUUCAA